CCUUAGCCAGCAUAAGCAAAUACGAGUAAGAUUUGACAAGUUUCUCGCAGAGGCUCGAGAAACUCGAUUCAGAGUAUGGAAGAUUCGACGAACAGAAUGGAUCCUAACGAGUUUAAGGGGUUUCUCCUUUCUAUAUCGGAUCGAUUUAGAGUGGGAGACCUCGAGAAAAUGAAAUUUCUCCUAGAAGCACAUUUACCUGAAGGAACAUUGGAAAACGUACAGAUGCCGUUUGAACUCUUUCGUCGAAUGAUGAACGCCAGGUUACUAUCUCUUAAUAAUCUUCAUCUUUUGGCUACCUGUUUGCAGUCUGCUGGUCGAAUCGAUCUGAGCGAGGAGGUGAGACGACUCGAAUCAAAGAUGACGUUUGCAACAGAAGUUACUGAACAAAGAUCCCCGGAUGAUGCAAAUCUUUUCGUGGGAGCUCUUCCGCGCAAGCCAUCUCAUUUCUACGGGAGGGAAGAAAUGCUGAAAGAAAUUGUCAGAGUUCUCAGUGAAUGGAACGGCAAGCGACUCGUAGUCAUAACCGGUUUACCAGGUUAUGGAAAAUCCUGUUUGGCGCAAAGAAUCGGUCAUACGAUGAAGGAGAAUGGUUUCCAAGUCAUCUUCCUAUGCUUACGAGAAAUCCGAUCUGUCGGUAAAAUGUCAGCCAAGAUUCUACGCGCUUUAAAAGCAAAUGUUGGUCAAGGACUGAUGAAUAACCCGCAUGAGCUGGCACUGUCGUACUUAAAAUCUCUCACCACAAGAACAACUCUUAUUCUUGACAACGCUGAAGACCUCAUUUGUGACGAAAACUCAAAGCAGGAGUUUUAUAGUUUUGUGAACCAAGUCGCUCAGUUUGCAGGCCAAGUAAAAUGUGUCAUUACCUCAAGAGUGGAUUGUCCUGCUUCUUGUCAAACCCCGCGCCACUCGGUAAAACUACUCGUCCUUGAAAACGAUGCCGCAGCGAAAUUGCUUCAAGAAAAGGUUAAAGAAACUGGUUGUUUUCUUGAAGACCAGCAGGCUAAAACUAUAGCACAACUCUGCUUUAACAUUCCCCUGAUCUUGCACGCAGCCGCUGCCUACAUGGAAGCCAUCCCCCCAGAGACACUGAUUCAAAGUUUGGAAAGUCAUUUUGGAGCCAUAGAAAUUUCAAGCAUGGGGGAAUUGUUCCCAGAGCUGCAAAUGAGGGGCUUUCUCAGUGAAUGCUUACAACAGCUUGGCACCGAUUUCGAGGAGGACUUGUAUUCCUUGGCAGUAUUCCCAACGGCAUUUAGCUACCAACAAGCCCAGAGAGUAUGCUGUUCAAAAACAAGGCUUCCUACCGCUCUGCUUCAACUGGUGAAGAGGUCUCUUGUCCACAGAGAGUUACAUUCUAACCACUACUUCGUCCAUCAAGUAAUUCAACUGUGCUGCAAAGAAAAGGCCAAGACAGACGAGCGAUUGCGCGCGUGUUACAGUCAGGCGCAAGCAAGAUUUAUUGAGAAUUACCUAAACUUAAUUACCGAGUUACACCAGGAAUUCUUGUGCAAAGGUAACUUAGAGAAAUCGCUCUGUCGUUUCUGGGCAGAGGAGCAAAACAUUGUUCAAGCAAUUUGGUGGGCGACAGCGGGAACUACACUCCCUGCUCGUUGUGCAAAGAUCCUAAACGAAGCAGUCGUCUUCCUGGCCAAAGUCAUGAAGAAUGCUCAAUUUGAAGAAAUCUACGAAGUCGUUUUAAGCGCAACCAAAGGAGACUUACGACUUGUGGCUGAUUGCCUGACGUGUGUUGGUAUAAAACACAUCUACAGUUGUGAAUGUCAUCGGUCUUGCAGUGUGGUAACAGAGAGAGCCUACAGAGUCUUAACAAGAGCGCUAGAAAUCUACGAGAAGCUUAACCUGACAGAGGGAGAGCUUGUUGCACAGUGUUACAGCAAGAUCGGACGCUGCAUGGCCAAGAAUGGAAAUCCUUCCCGAGCUCUCGAACUGAGCGCAAAAGCUCUCGCAAUUAGAGAACAGAGGAGACCGGACGAGCCAUUGAAGUAUGCAGCUUGUUGCAACGACCUGGCAGUUGUUCAAAGCUGCUUAAACAACCACCUUGGAGCCCUAGCUCUCAGGGAACAAGCCCUUAGUGCUUACGUUGAAGAACUAGGGGAUCAUCCAUUUACCGGAACGCUCUACAACUAUCUAGGCAACGAUUGCCUUGCACUAGAGAACUUCGAUAAGGCCGUCGAAUAUUUCACCAAGGCGCUCAGUAUCAGGGAGAUAUUUCUUGGCUUUUACCACCAAGAGACUGCCCGAACAUAUCACGACUUGGGUCUUGCUUACAAGAGGAAGGGAGAUUAUACAAAAGCCAUGGAACAACUGGACGCGGCAGUCACGAUCCAAGAAAAACUGUGCGAUGUACCCCAUGAGAAACUCAAAUCUCUUCAAGAGAAGAGGGAGAUCUACUCAUGUCUGAAUUUAACCGACUCAAGCGCUCAGGAGCUACAAAAGAAGUUGGAACAGUGUCAGGAGGAGAUGACUCGAGCGAAAAAGGUCAAUAACGUUAGAUUGGAGAGAAUUAUGGAAAUGGCAAACAACAACGGAGUUGAUUUUAGCUGAAAAGUUAGCAGUGUUACUUCAAUAUGAUGUAACUGAUUCUUAACAUGACUGACUCCACCGACUGAACGAACAUAUUACUUCAGACACGUCUGUUAGUAAAAUAAGGUAACUUGGAAAAAAACAAUCAGUUGUAACUGGCCAUGCCAGAGAGGUGGGGCGAAUCUGUUACUUUGAGUACCACUGUCAACAAAAUAAGUGUAACCAGAAAAAAACGAAAAACAAAAAACUGAAACCUCAGUAUCGUUAACCAUUUUUUAAGUUGAUUACUCGUUUACAUUUAACGGCAUUUAAAGGCAUUUUACUGAUUACCUGGGAUUAGCACCAAACACGUUACAUUUAUAGGCUUGAAAAAAUCCGUGUGAUAUCUGUUCAUGAAUAAAAAUGUGUUAACUUAGUGACUAAGACAGGUUCUCCUUACAUUAUCGUCCAAACAUCAAGUAUACAAGUGAUGAAAAUAAAGAAAAUUAUCAAUUAGUUGAUCAUUGGUUGAGGCAAAACCAAAUUCUCCGAACUAACAUUACAAGAACCGUAAGGCAGACAGUAAGGAGAGUUACUAAUAAGAUCUUAGGAGUGAAACAUACCCUUUUUGUUACCUAUAGAUCGUACUAUGCUAUAACCAGACCUAAAGACGUUGGACUCCUAAAAGGAUCUGAUUGAAAACUGAUCAUUCUCAUUCUAAACGACUCACAUGAAAAAGAAAAAUGAAAUAAUUUGGUGUCAAUUAGAUAAAGCUUCUGCGGCCGAUUGCGUCCUUUAAUCUCAUUACCUUUGUAUUCUUUGCCAGUCACAUCUUUUAGGUAAUCAAACACAACUUUAAAGAA